AUGCGCGAUAAAUUGGCUCUCUUCCAUUUGAGCAAAACGAAGUAUGCACAUAUGAAUUUCAAGCUACCGACCAAACUGCUGAAAGCCAGCAAACCCAUUUGUCCGCAUAUCUUGUAUGCUCUAUGCUGCAUUCUAGACAAAUAUUGUCUAGCACGGUCUCGGGGCACAGGCCGUCUUCCUCUGUCGACUGUGUGCGAGGCCAUUGUUUUCACAAUGCAAUUCAAUACAAUAUUGAACUGGAGCGAGUCUGCAUUACAGACUCACAUGCACAGCGUGAAGGUGACGACAGGUUUCUGCGUUCUCAUCUCGUAG